CGGCCCGAGGCGGGAGCGGCGGUUGGGGCGGCGGGAGGGGCCGGCGCCAGGGGCCGGCGCCAUGUCCUCGACGUCACAGAAGCACCGGGACUUCGUGGCGCAGCCGAUGGGGGAGAAGCCGGUGGGGACGCUGGCCGGCAUCGGGGACGUCCUGGGCAAGAAGCUGGAGGAGAAGGGCUUUGACAAGGCGUACGUGGUGCUGGGGCAGUUCCUGGUGCUGCGCAAGGACGAGGAGCUUUUGCGGGAGUGGCUGAAGGAGACGUGCGGGACCAGCGCCAAGCAGUCGCGGGACUGCUCCGGCUGCCUGCGGGAGUGGUGCGACGCCUUCCUCUGAGCCCCGCCC